CCAAGCUGAGUCUCAGUCUACUAUGUAGCUCAGACUUUGACUCUCAAACUCUACUCCUGAACAGCAUGAAUUCGCAAGAAGAACUCAGCAAUAGCGCUUCUCUGGCACCAGAAGAUAUCUCGAGUAGCUCUCAGACAGAGGAAAUCCCAGGAAAACGCCUUAUUCUGACGUUAGUGCGACAUGGGCAGUCAGAGUCAAACGUCGGUCAACACAGUGCAAAUAUUCACGAUCCCCUCACCCCCCUUGGCCGUAACCAAGCAGAACAACUGGGAAAGGAGCUCUCUUCAACACACAUCGACCAUCUCAUAUCGUCUCCAUACCUAAGAGCAAUGGAUACUGCUCGCUCAAUUGGGGAAAACAACACCGAGCGACCCGACUUGAAACCUGAGGGACAUGUACUCAUCAUAGAGCAGGAUCACGGACCCGCGGUCGAAGCUGCUCGGAGAUCUGGAAACUGGGUUAGUGAAUACCAGUUGCGGACAGGAAAAGGGGCUCUCUCAGCUUACAGUGAGACUCCCGUUGUUCCCUCCCGAAUCUACAAGCCCCCUGGAGGCGAGAGUCUGGAAUCAGUUGCUGAGCGCGCUCAGCAUGCUUUGCUCCAAUAUCUGCGUUCGUACGGUGCAAGUUUUGCUUCGAUGCCGGAUGUUCCUAAUGACUCAGCGGAUUUGAUUGACGGCGUUCCUCAUGCUGUGGUGGUCAGCCAUAAUAUCCUCCUUACCGAAUUCUAUGAAGCUAUGCUUUUCUUCAACGAGCCUUCCAAGAGGUACAUCACCCCGGUGCACUUCAGAAACGCAAGCUGGGCACGAUACAUAGUUUUCUAUGAUGGCAAGCAUCUGGAAUUCAAGACCAUGAAGGAGCCCCAUUAGAUAUCCUGUGUUAGGUAGAGUUCAGUAAUGGAUAAGUAUGUGAAUUGUCAAGUCGAUUUUAAUUUAAUUUUUCGAGGAGCAUAUCGAGAGACCUUGGCUCAUUCCUCCCGCUCACGUUAGGGAACGAGUCGACCUUUAGCUGUGCCGUAUCUGUGCCUGCGAGUUUCUGUGAGUAUGCCCCAUCUGAAUGGUUGCGUCUGUCAACCAGCGUAAUAUCCCCCAGCUAAUACCUUCCACUGACAUAUCGAUAGCACUAGAGUUAGUCGGACAGAUAAAUAUCUAACUAAUCGAUGAAUCAACAAAGUUGGAUAGGAGGCGCAAACGGUUGAAGCAAAGUCUAGCAAAUAUCAGGCACAGAG